AUGGAGAACUUACCAACCAUUAUCAGACCACCACCACCACCACCACCACCACAACUACCGCCGUAUGUCUUUGCAGCACCACCACUUUCCCAGCUUGAUAACACUACUAACAGUACUAUUAUCAGGUCACCUCCGCCUUUACCUUCUUCUUUAUCACCCCAAAUAUACCCUAUAGAUCAAAACGGAACUGUUACUAUAGUGACCAUCAAUCCACCGCCAGCUUUUCCUGAUUCAUCAAGAAGCGUUGAUUUAUCCCCACUUGAAUUCAUCCUAUCCCUUAUGGCAUUUAUAACGAUCCCUGCUAUAAUCUACUCUUUCUUUUUUGCUGUCAAGUGCCCUCCUUGGACUUCCAGGGAACGUCAGGACAGCCCUAGGGAGCUUCCCAGGGACAACGGUGGAAGUAAUGUAGAAGUGAUUGAGCGGAGGAGGGAGCCUGUUGCAGGUUUUAAGUACCAAAAAGAGACUCAUUCUAAAGAUAUUGGAAGUGAGUGUCCUAUUUGUUUAUCCGUUUUUGCCGAUGGGGAAGAAGUAAGGCAGUUGAGUGGAUGCAAGCACUCAUUUCAUGCUACUUGCAUUGAUUUGUGGCUUAACAGCCAUAACAAUUGUCCAAUUUGCCGGGCUUCUGUUACUAUAAAGAGGCCAAAUAAUAAUGAUACGGCCCUGUCGGUUUCAGCUAGAGAUAGUGAUCUCCAACAAGGUUUGACAGAUGCAGCCAAUUUGGUUUGACAUGCCUAGUUUAAUUUCUUGAUUUUUUUUUCUCCUUUCUUGCUAAAAUAUUGUUUUUCCCUUUUGGCCUUCCGAGGCUAUAUGGAAAGUGAAAAUGGCAAAUGGAAGAUUUGGUAUUCAAUACUUCGACUGGAAUUGGUAGUCUAGAAUCCAGAUAUCAUAUAGAUUGGCCGUCAAUUUUUUUCUUUUGGGUUAUUUCCCUUUGAGGGAAUGGGAUGAAUUCAAGGCAACUAAGAGCCAGGGUUUUGAGACAAAAGUUUUUGUGGAUCAUUCUUGUAUUAUAGCUUGAACUCUUCAGAUAGAAAUCGCAUUGGUUACUUAAUUAAAAGGGUAAGUAUUGGUAUCAGCCCUGAAUUAACUCGGUCCUGAUUCACAGGUU